CUUUUUUAUUUUCAUUUGUAGUUGAAUAUUUGAGAGAUAUUUUUCAUACGAGUUAUUGUUUAAUUGUCCAACAUGGACGAACAAUAUCUUUUAAAGGAAAUAGCGAGUUUAAAAGAAAAGUUGCGAGAAAAGGAGGAUAACCUCGCUAAGCUCCGAUUUGAAAAGCAAAUUUUGCAGGGGCAUGGAUUAAAUAAUGGAGAAAUUGCAAGAUAUAGUAGGCAAAUUCUUCUACCGGAAAUUGGAGUUAAGGGGCAGCUGAAAUUAAAAAACUCUUCGGUUCUCGUUGUUGGUGUUGGAGGACUUGGAUGUCCGUCUGCAUUGUAUUUGGCAGGCUCUGGAGUGGGACACAUAGGUAUCGUGGAUUACGAUGAUAUAGAAAUUACAAAUCUGCAGAGACAAUUGCUAUUUUCAAGUCUGGAUAUUGGAAAAUCUAAGGUUAUCGCUGCCAAAGAGAUUCUUGAAAGAUUAAAUGAUAAUAUUAAAAUUACUCCGUAUAAGCUUCAGAUUCAAAGUAGCAAUGCGUUAGAGAUUAUACAACAUUACGAUGUGAUUCUAGAUGCUACUGAUAACGUAGCUACUCGCUAUUUAUUAAACGAUGCAUGCGUCAUUAGUGGAAAACCAUUGAUUUCUGGAUCUGCGCUGCAGUUCGAAGGUCAACUGACUGUUUACAAUUAUGCAGGUCCAUGCUACAGAUGUAUUUUUCCAAAACCACCGCCACCUGAAGCGGUUAACAAUUGCAGUGAUAGCGGAGUUCUUGGAGCUGUUGUUGGAACAAUCGGUGUGAUGCAAGCACUUCAAACCAUAAAAGUAAUAUUAAAAUUACCUGGUAUUCUUUCUGGACGGCUUCUGAUAUUCGAUGGAAUGGACAUGACAUUUAAAAACUUAAAGUUAAGAUCAAAAAAUCAAGAUUGUGAAGUCUGUGGUCGUAAUCCUACGAUACAGACAUUAAUCGAUUAUGAAGAAUUUUGUGGUAGCAAAGCCAAUGAUAAGCAUCAAAAUUUGAAAAUAUUAACUGCAAACGAAAGAAUUAGCGUCAAUGAAUAUAAUGAGCUAUCUCAUACUCCUUUGAAACCAUUUAUUUUAAUAGACAUAAGAUCCAACCAAGAAUAUGAAAUGUGCCAUUUGAAGAAUUCAAUAAACAUUCCAUUUUCAACAUUAAGUAGCAAAGGGUGCUUAGACGCUUUAAAAAAGGAAAUUAAUAAAAAUGAAACGGAUAUAUCCAAUGUUUAUGUCUUAUGUCGUCGUGGAAAUGAUUCUCAAAAAGCUGUGAGAGCAUUGAAAAAUUAUUUUACAAAUUCUGACAUUCAAGUGAAGGAUAUAAUUGGAGGACUCCAUGCAUGGUCGCACGACAUAGAUCCUGAGUUUCCCAUUUAUUAAUAAUCAAUAUUAUACAACAAUAAUUGUAUAUUACACUUUGUACAAUUCUGUAAAUA